AUGGUUUCACUUGACGUUGUCGAACAGUCCAAUAACCAUAUUUCGGCACUCCCAGAGAAAUUUAUUGCGGUUUUCAUUGGAGCCACAUCAGGAAUUGGCCGGAGCACCCUCGAAAACCUUGCUACUAAAGCCCGGGAGCCCCAAAUCUACUCUAUCGCACGUCCGCAAUCAGCUGCCACUCAUGAAGAGUUCUUAACUUCGCUACGACAAAAGAAUCCAAGCGGCAAUUACAGCCUAAUCACGGCUGACCACACCCUGUUAUCUGACAUAAAUAGAGCAGUCAAGGAAAUCAUCCAGAGAGAGGAGAAGCUCGACCUGCUUGUCUUGUCUGCUGGCUUUAUUCCUUUUGAUGGCCGCAAGAACACUAUGGAAGGACUUGAUCCAUCAAUGACAACACGCUACUACACUCGGCUUCUCGCCUUGAUAAAGCUGCUCCCGCUCCUUCAAAGAGCCUCAAGCCCUCGGGUCCUUUGGGUGGCCGCAGGAGGAAAGGAAGAGCCUAUCAACGAUGAGGACCUGGAUCUUCGCCAACCGGGCAAUUGGACAUUCUGGGCUGCUUCUGUCCACUCUACUACCAUGGGCACCCUCUCUCUUGAAAGGAUUGCUCAAGAGAAUCCAAAAUUAAGCAUUGUUCACUGGUACCCUGGCCCAGUUGGGACGCCUGGUAUGGCCAAAAUUAAACAACAUUGGGAUGUCCCUGAUGAGAUGAAUGAGGCGGAAUCUGGCUCCCGAGGUCUGUUCCUUGCAACAAAUGACCGCUACGCUGUUAAGGAUGGACGUGGUCUUGUGCCUCUACCUGCAGGCCUAGAACCGGUCUCAACCUCGGGUGGUGGAGUAUUCUUGGUUGAUCCAAACGGAGAGGCCACUGAUAACGAAAAAGUACUGGCUAUCAUGAGGGAGAAUAAAGUGACUGAUAAAGUCUGGGAGUUUACACAGAGGAUUUUUGAAGAAUGUAUCACUCAGGCCUAA